AUGUCCGAGGACAAUCAGGACACUUACUAUCCACCAAGCGGUCUUAUCGAUAUUGAUCACCCCCCAAUCAUUCGCAAUCAGCUUUGCAUUUCGUUGUCUAAUCCAACUCUUGUGACAACAGAGCUCUUAACCUUACGCCAGAUGGCCCAUCAACGCAAGCAGGGCGAAGCUGUGAACUCGAGCUAUCAACUUGGCACGAAUGCGAUGCGAUUCCUCACAAAGAUCAGAUCAUUCUGCACUAUUUCGUUUGGGAAGCACGGAUCCCUCUCUGUGAACGGUGCCCCGCCAGCUUGUAUUUCGUUGUCCGACUCGACUCUUGGAACAACUGAGGUCUUUACCUUACCCCAGGUGACCCGCCAAUGCAAGCAGGAGGAAGCUGUGAACUCGAACUACCGAUCUUGCGAGACUGCAAUACGAUACCUCACAAAGAUCUGCACAAAUGCGUUCGGGAAGCCUGGAUCCCUACUCUACGAACUGUGCCCAACCGUCCAUCCACGUCUCCAAUCUCGCACCUUAGCAAGUGAAGUUGUCAGAGAAGAACUGUACAUCUGCGGUUAUCUCAAACGACCUGAUCAAGACCAUUGUUUUCUCCGCCAGCCACGGUAUUCCAUGACCGCUGGCCGAAGCAAGCCGCAGCUGUCCCCGCGUCCUCCAAGAGCCCUCGACACCUGUCUCCACAGGCUAUUGGUCAGGCGUGGGGGACUCACUAUUGCAGAGGCGCUCAAGUCUGCCAAUAUUAAGGAGAAUCCUCGUACGCCCACUCCAACUAGACCAUCUCCCAGUAAUCAGUCGAUCUACUGGUCUUGCAAGUCGCCACAGACGGCCCUUGAUUCCUCUCCUUCUCCUUUGGUCCAAGAAACCCCUAUGUCAACUACCCAGUUUUGUGAUUUCUGUGAACACUCGUACUUCACAUUGCAUACUACACCUCCCUCAUCGCCGGAGCUCGCGGACCUCAAUGAGAAGGACGUUCUGGAUGCGAUGAGCUCCUUCUCUGAAGCUGCUCUGCGGUCCUUGGCCCCCCGAGUUGCGUUGAUGAAGGCGAAGCGUUCGUGUAUGGAGGUGAAUGCGAGGAGUUUUCAAAGGUUGCGGUAUGGGGAAGUCUGCCACCACAAUCUUGUCUGA